GAUCUUUCUUUCCAGAAGCCGGCCGGCGAAGCAACCCAACCAAAGGCUGAAAAACCGAGGAGAUCAUUCCUUCCUUCCUUCCUGAAAGCUGCAGCGAGAGGAGAGGGGCUGCGGUGGAAGCUAGGGAACGAGCGGGCGCAGCAGAUCCGGACGGACGCAGGCAGGCGGCACAAGCAAUCGGCCGUCCUCGCUCCUCGAUUCGUCAUCCCAGUGAAAUUUGUGAAGCGCUACAGUCAAUGUUCCAGAUAUAGCAUAAGGUCAUGAAAAAGACUACUGGAGAGAAUACAAACAUGUCCAUACUAGAAAGAUUGGCCACAAGUGAUGUGCCACUGGUGAAAGAAUAUGGUAUACAUGGAGUUAUUGGUGCUCUUGUACUUGCCAUGGUUAUUCCUAUCUUGCUUUCUUCAAUGUUGAACAAGAAGGUGAAGAAGAGAGCAGUGCAAGCUGAUGUGGGUGGUGAGGCAGGCCUUGCCAUGCGAAAUAGUAGGUUUUCCUCUUUAAUUCAAGUUCCAUGGGAGGGUGCAACCACAGUAGCAGCUCUGUUCGAGAUGGCUAGCAAAAAGUACCCUCAGCACCGUUGUCUUGGUUCAAGGAAUCUGGUUAGCAGCGAAUUUAUAGAAGCUGAUGAUGGAAGGAAGUUUGAGAAAUUGCAUCUAGGUGAAUAUGAAUGGAAUUCCUAUGCAGAAGCAUUUAAUCGUGCAUGUAACUUCGCCUCUGGUCUCAUCAAGAUGGGCCACCAACCAGAUAGUCGAGCUGCUAUCUUUUCUGAUACAAGAGCUGAGUGGAUCAUUGCUGCCCAGGGAUGCUUUCGACAAAAUUUAACUGUUGUAACCAUCUAUGCAUCUCUUGGCGAGGAUGCACUGGUGCAUUCACUAAAUGAGACACAGGUUUCAACUCUGAUUUGUGAUUCUAAGCAACUUAAGAAGCUGCCUUCAGUCAGUUCGAAGUUGCAGAGUGUUAGGCAUGUUAUCUAUAUUGAGGAUGAACCUGUUGAGGCUGACACACUUAACCAACUGAAACACUUGACAACAUUAUCUUUCCAUGCGGUUGAGGAGUUGGGCAAAACAUCUCAUACAGAUCCAAGAUUACCAUCAAGCAGUGAUACUGCAGUUAUUAUGUAUACAAGUGGGAGUACAGGUCUGCCCAAGGGUGUAAUGAUUACGCAUGGCAACAUGGUGGCCACAACUGCUGCAGUCAGGACAAUCAUUCCUAAACUUGGCACGGGAGAUGUUUAUCUGGCAUACCUUCCAUUGGCUCAUGUUUUUGAACUAGCAGCAGAGACUGUCAUGUUAGCUUCUGGUGUUGCUAUUGGAUAUGGCUCAGCUCUGACUAUGACUGAUACAUCAAAUAAGAUAAAGAAGGGGACAAAAGGAGAUGUUUCUGUACUGAAACCUACUCUUAUGAUUUCAGUUCCUGCAAUUUUGGAUCGCAUAAGAGACGCCGUGUUCAAGAAGGUUGCUGAGAAGGGCGGCAUGAAAAAAAAGCUGUUUGAUGUUGCGUACAAACGAAAUCUUGGAGCAAUUGAAGGGAGUUGGUUUGGAUCAUGGGCACCAGAGAGGCUUAUAUGGGAUAGCAUUAUCUUCAAGCCAAUACGUUUGAUGCUUGGAGGGCGCAUAAGAUUUAUUCUUUGUGGUGGUGCGCCUCUAUCAAGUGACACACAAAGAUUCAUAAAUAUAUGUUUGGGUGUCCCAGUAGGUCAAGGCUAUGGAUUGACUGAGACUUGUGCUGGAGCUGCUUUCUCUGAAUGGGACGAUACAAGCGUGGGGCGUGUUGGUCCACCCCUCCCGUGUUGCUAUGUCAAGCUUAUCUCAUGGGAAGAAGGUGGUUAUAGAAUUUCUGAUUCACCAAUGCCUCGAGGAGAGGUUGUGAUUGGCGGCUACAGUGUAACAAAAGGUUAUUUCAAUAAUGAAGAAAAAACAAAUGAGGUGUACAAGGUGGAUGAGAGGGGAUUACGUUGGUUUUACACUGGAGAUAUUGGUCAGUUCCAUCCUGAUGGGUGCGUUGAGAUCAUUGACAGGAAAAAGGACAUAGUGAAACUUCAGCAUGGAGAAUAUGUAUCUCUUGGCAAGGUCGAAUCAGCUCUACAGACAAGCAAUUAUGUGGAUAACAUCAUGGUCUAUGCUGAUCCAUUUCAUAGUUACUGUGUUGCACUAGUAGUGCCACCACACCAGGCUUUGGAGAAGUGGGCUCAAAAUUCAGGGAUUAAUUACAAAAGAUUUGAGGAGCUGUGCCAAAAUGGACAAGCAGUUAAGGAGGUCCAGCAAUCUCUAUCAAAGGCCGCUAAAGCAGCAAGGCUCGAGAAAUUUGAAAUGCCAGCAAAGAUUAUUUUGCUGGCUGAACCUUGGACUCCAGAAUCUGGGCUUGUGACGGCUGCGCUUAAGCUCAAGAGGGAGCAGCUAAAGACCAAAUUUAAAGAUGACCUGAACAAGCUCUAUCUCUGACCUUCGAUUUCUAAAACUCUUGUGUCGACACUCGUUCACACGUGAUAAAUAAUCUGCGUAUGCUACAGUGCUUGCUAAUCUGAAGUCUAAAGCUAUUGAGACAACUAAACACAGUUCUUUAGCUGGCAAUCAUUGGACUUCAAUUUGCAAAAUGUUCUGAGUGUUAGUCGAGGAUCAGCACGUCUGGAAUCAUAGCAAAUGGCAGCCAGAUGUACGGUUAUUACUUCAAUCUCUCUCCCAGUCUCUCUCCAUGUAAUCUUAUUAUUAUUGACAAAGUGUCUAAGUUAGUUCCAAAUAACCGUUCCAUAUAAGAGGUUUCAUACUUCUUAAAGUGUGACCAAGUUUAUUGAAAAAUCUAUUCAUCCGAUCAA